AUGUCGGCCAUGGAUAUGGACUCGCUCAUGAGCACCAUCAACAACGCUGUCGCCAAGAUCUCGGCGAUCCGCGAGUCGUUUGAAGAGAACCCGCACUACCCGCCGCCGCGCCCGUCGUCGUCGUCGCGGUCGUCGCUGCCCAAGACGCGCAGCCGCCCUACUAUGUCCCGCACCUCGUCCUUUGAGCAGCAUGGGCUUCCGCGGCCACCUCUCUCGCGCACGAGCUCGACGUCGAGCACGACCUCAAACGGCAGCAGCUUCUCGUCGUCGCCAUCGCUCGUCAUGAGUCGCGGAAGUGGCAAGUCGGAUUUCGACUCGGACGAUGGCAGCGACGCCGUCUCCUCCGAUCGCGGUGGAAUCGUCAAGGCGAAGGCGUCACUCCCGUUUCCGUACAACAAGCUGCCGACUUCGCUGGACCUCGACGCGCUCUCGCCGUUCAAGGAGGCGCGCGCGAUGCGCAUGCAGGACAUUAAGGUAGCGUUCCACAACGGACUUCCGCAGGAGUUUUACAAGGCGAUCGGCCGCUUCCUCCGCAAGAUCAUCGAGGUCAAGCGCCGCUUCCAGAAGCUCAAGCCCAUCAAGGACUGCUUCCUUGGCUCGGACGCAGUCGGCGCGCUCAUGUUUUACGGCUUUGCGAUCGACGAGAACGAAAGCAUCUUGCUGGGCAACGUGCUCCUCAAGCUCGGGUACAUUGAAGACGUGCAUGGCCCCGCGGCCACGAUUCUCAACAAGUCGGAUGCGUUCUACCGCUUCUCGAAAGCGCUCGAGUUCCACGACGACAACGCGGCCUUGUCGCUCGAGAACGACGCGCUCACCAACGCCCCGGACGUCGAUGCGCCCAUGGAGACUUAUGCGUUCUCGGACGCGUCCGACGAGAUGCACGCGCUCAUCUCGGAAGAGAGCUUGGCGAUCUUGACGCGCGUCUUGCACCACGUGCUGGAGAAGAAGAACAAGCUGCUCUUCCACAAAGGCCACGUCGGCUGCUUCAUGGGCGCGGAGCUCGUCAUGGCGCUGCGCGAGAUGAAGAUUGCGACGUCGACGAUCGACGCGAUCCUUGUUGGCCAGUCGAUGUUCGAAGACCAACUAAUCGCGCCCGUGGAUCCCCACACGUCGAGCUUCCAGAACCGGUACACCAUGUUCCGCCUCGUCACGACCGCGCCGUCGGUCUAA